AUGGGAGCUAUCAGCCGGACGGGAUGGGCGUCCGCCCCAGCAGCACUCGUUUGCACAGUCGUGGCAUUGCUCGGAGUGUCAGAUGCUCGGAAUCCCACGUCUGACGUGCCCAUCUACACCACCUCUGAUGUCGACGUAGGGACGGAGCGCCAUUGGACGCUUGUGCUGGAGGACGAUGCUACAGAUGAAGAGCUGGGUGGCAUUCGCCAGGAGUUUAACAACGGGCAGCACAGCCAUCCGGGCAGAGGCCAGAUGCCAUUUGUGGUGGGAAGCAUGACCAGAAACUCCCUCAACGCGCUGCUGGCGAGGCACAAGGGGCGAGUGAAGUUUGUUCAAGAGGACCAGUUUUCGAAAAGGGUCCCAGACAUGGAGACCGUCAAUUCAGAAGACGCGUACUCGGAGGGGCGAGCCUCCCGGACUUAUCCAUGGGGCAUCCAGUACGUCGGCGCGAACGUGGUUCGGGGGCGGGGCGCGGGAGUACAUGUGUACGUGUUAGACACGGGCAUUCGCAUUACCCAUAACGAGUUCGGCGGCCGCGCUUUCGCCGGAGUGGACGUCGCCUCCUCGGGAGAGUAUCCUGGCACUCUCACAGAGUGCGCGCCCCUCAGCACAACGUGCUCUGCAGAUGUCCAUGGGCACGGCAGCCACUGUGCGGGCACGGUGGGGGCUUCGACAUAUGGCGUCGCGAAUGGCGCGACCCUGUGGGCAAUGAAGGUCCUGAAUGAUGCAGGCUCUGGCUGGACCACAUGGUCCAUCUUAGCCGAGCAAUGGAUUCUGUCUUCCGGGAACAGGCCAGCGGUUGUCAGCAUCAGCAUCCAGGCCAACUACAAUGACCUGGCGGAGCAGACGUCGAUCGACAAUUUGGUAGCCGAUGGCGUGACCGUGGUGGUGGCUGCAGGAAACUCUAACCAAGACGCCUGCAGCUGGAAUCCAGCUUGGAUUCCGUCGGCGAUCACCGUUGCAGCCUUUGGCGGGACGUCGGGGACCUCAUGGGACAGGUCUUCGUACAGCAAUUGGGGCUCCUGCAUCGAUGUGUAUGCCCCUGGCACGAGAAUCCUCUCGACGGGCCCGUCCAGCGACACCCACACCUACUACAACACAGGCACGUCCAUGGCUUGCCCGCACGUCUCUGGGCUCGCUGCCAGAAUGUACGAGGCGUACCCAGCGGCGGGGUCCAUGACCGCUGCGCAACGGUGGGACCUCCUGAAGGCCACGAACUGCACUGGUUGUGUCACGAAUGACGCGACCCCCAUACCCACUGACAACCUGGUGAUCUUGGCCCUUCCAGCGAAUCCGUGCUCAGUCUUUGACGGGUCAGGGGCGAGCGCGACCUACCCGUGCGAUUGCGGCAGCGCUUUGUGCACAAACGGCGAGAUAUGCACCAGCAGUAUCGACAGCUGUGGUUCAGCAUCCCCGACGCCAGCUCCCGCACCGACGGCUGCGCCGACAAUCGCGCCCCCAACAGAUGCACCGACGCACUCGCCGACUGCAGCACCCACAGCUGCACCAACUGCACCGACGGAUGCGCCGACUGCUUCUCCGACAGUUGCACCGACAGCAGCGCCGACGGUUGCGCCCACUGCUGCGCCGACCGCAUCCCCAACAGAAGCACCGACGGAUUUUCCAACCGCAGCUCCCACAGCUGCACCGACGGGGGCGCCGACCGCUCCCCCGCCCGCGCCGACGGUUGCACCGACUCCUGCGCCGACCGCAUCUCCAACAGCAGCGCCGACUGACUCUCCAACCGCAACUCCCACAGCCGCACCGACAGUUGCACCGACUCCUGCGCCGACCGCAUCUCCAACGGCACCGCCCACUGCUUCUCCAACAUCAGUGCCCACAUUUGCGCCAACGGAGGCACCGACCGCCCCCCCGCCAGCACCGACAGUUGCACCCACUGUUGCGCCGACCAUAUCCCCAACAGCUGCACCGACCGCUUUCCCGACAGGUGCACCGACAGCAGCGCCGACGGCAGCGCCGACUUUCGCGCCGACACCUGCGCCGGCUCCUCCGCCGACCGCUGCGCCAACGCCCCAGCACAUGUGGGCGACCAUCUCGGGCCCGUGCACUGUGGACGGCACGUGUGUGCAGAGCCCGAACCAUCCGAGCAACUACGGUGGAAACCAGAUGUGCACGAUCGGAAUCGACGAGGCGAACGCAGCUCCGAUUGUCGUGGAAGCCUUCAACACGGAGUCCAACAGAGACUACCUCAUUGUCAACGGAGCAUACUACUCUGGAACCUCGGGUCCCUCUGGGGUGACGCCUUCAUCCAGUAUCGUGUGGUCGUCCGACCGACGGAAGUCCAGCAGUGGGUGGAGAUUGUGCAUGCCAGUGUCAACUUCUCCACCUCCGCCGACUGCAACGCCCACGCCUGCGCCGACAGGUUCAUCGACACCUGCGCCGCCAGUGGCGCCGACUCCUGCGCCGGCUCCUCCGCCGACCGCUGCACCGACGCCCGCUUCCCAGCACAUGUGGGCGACCGUCUCGGGCCCGUGCACUCUGGACGGCACGUGUGUGCAGAGCCCGAACCAUCCGAGCAACUACGGUGGAAACCAGAUGUGCACGAUCGGAAUCGACGAGGCGAACGCAGCUCCGAUUGUCAUGGAAGCCUUCAACACGGAGUCCAACAGAGACUACCUCAUUGUCAACGGAGCAUACUACUCUGGAACCUCGGGUCCCUCUGGGGUGACGCCUUCAUCCAGUAUCGUAUGGUCGUCCGACCGACGGAAGUCCAGCAGUGGGUGGAGAUUGUGCAUGCCAGAUCGCCGUUUGGAGGCCGCGGAGCCAAACAAGGCGGCCUUUGCGUUGACGGCACCGACCAUCCUCGUCUGA